AGAGAUUCGAACAAGAUGCUCAAUUUGAGUGUUGAUGCCUUCUCCAAGAUGAAAAACUUGAGAUUGCUCAAAGUCCUUUGGCUCUCAAAUUGUGAAGAUCUCCGUUAUCUUUCAAAUAAGCUACGGCUUUUAGAUUGGCUCUCAAAGUCCUUGCUUUCAGGCUUCCAACCAGACAACCUAGUUGCACUUCGCUUACCAUACAGUCGCAUUGAACAACUAUGGAAGAGAACCACGCCUCUGUAUAAGUUGAAAGUGCUCAACCUCAGCGGGUCCAAAAAAUUGAUCAGGAUACCAGACUUCAAGAUGGUCCCAAAUCUUGAAAAUUUGGUUUUGGAAGGUUGAACAAAAAUAAUGGAUGUCCAUCCAACCGUUGGAGUUUAUAAGAGGCUUAAACUUUUGCA